AUGUAUGCAGAGCGUAGUAGUGACUCCAUGGGGCCCUUGGGUCCCUUUGAGCCCUUGGGUCCCUUGGGUCCCCGGGAGGGGUGCCACUACAUGCGCCCCACGUUGUCCUUGCCCCGAGCGCCUCUGGAACCACUGCACCGGCGCCAGCUGCCGCGCGUUCCCACGUCGCCGCGGCCGUCCAGCGGACGGCCCUGCAGGCGGCCUAUGGGAAGAGUAAUGUCGCGCCAAGAGAAAAGAAGCUGCCGCAACAUGCCGUGGGUUUCUGCUGAUAUGCUCCUGGAACAAUCUGAACUGUACCGUUCAAAGAUGUCCAGUGGGUCAGCGUUUUUCAGCCUGCAGUCGCAGUCGGAGCAUGGCUCGCCCAAAUCAUCCAGUUCUCCCAGCUCCCCAACGUCUCCGGCGUCUCCCUCCUGCACGGUGCCACGGCCCUCAGCCCCCGAGCCAGUGGAGCGGGACGCCGCAUCGCCGGGGGAGCGGUUGCAGCCGGUGGAAGCGUGGGAAGAGGAGGAUUUGGGCGGGAGCUUGCGAAGUGCCGACUUCCACCGCGACACCCCUAUCACCUCCUCGACUCCAUCCCCACCACCCUCCACGCCGCCACCGGUCUGUUCGCUGGCGUCGUCGGCGCAGCAGUUCAUGCAGCGCAGACGGCAAGCAGCCGAGCAGGAAAACAUGCAGCAGACAGAGUGGCAACACUUCAUUCGGAAGAGGAAUUCCUCCAGUGAAGACCCCGAAGAUGACGCGCCCAUCGUGCGCGCGGAAAAAUCCACGCGGCAGCCCUCGAGCCCGGGGGCGCCGAUGUCCAUUGCAGAGCUGUACCAGCUGUGCAAUCAGAUUUCCAAGACCAUGCUGGUGCCUAUCGCGGAGGUGAAGGCUUGCUUCGAUGACUUCAUAAGUCUGGACCUGGAUGGCUCCUUUACGCUCUCUGCCGAUGAGUUUGAGAAGGCCGUGAGAAGGUCGUGUCGGAUGACCGAGGGCGAAAUGCUGCCGGAGAACUUGGCGCUGAAGUAUCCGCAGAUGGAUUCGGAUGGAAAUCGCGUCGUGGAUUUCAAGGAGUACGUCCGCUGGUGUCAGGGCGCCAGCUGGUCGGAGCAGCUCUUAGUCAGAGACGACCGGGACCGGGAAGCCCGGCGCUUGGCUCGGGUCUAUGGCAUUCACCUUCUGGAUGUGGAACGUUUACGUCGCCUCUUCGACAGCUACGCCUCGCAAGAGACAUCUCGUGUCAUUACACAAGACAGGUUCUCCCAGGCCCGGAAUCCUGGAUGCAGAGUUGAACUAGACAGCAGACUCAGCAGACAUGGAGAUCUGACCAGCGUGAUCCGUGGCAUCUUGAAGGUCUCAGAUCCUUCGGACGUGCCUCAGAGUCGUUUGGAACGCUACUGGCGCGAAAUCGACUUGGACGGCAGCGGCACGGUGGACUUUGAAGAGUUCGUCAUUUGGAUGAAUGAUCGGGGCCCACAGCAGAGCUCCUUUCUGACACGCGACUGA